UAUUAUCUGUUUUGUUAUUAUUAAUUGUUUUGUACAUAUUUGAAUGUUUUUCGUCAAUCGUCAUGAAUAAAUCCGCUGUAGAUGAUUUAAAUUCUCUAAAUAUAUUAGAAAAUAAACAUUUUUAACUUACAAUGAUCGAAGAAUUAGUUUUUGAAAGUUUUGAUAGGGUUAAAUGUAUUUUCAGUAGAAUUGAAAAAGGACUAGUUUAAAUUAAAGUACUAUUUACAAUCAAAUAGGUACAAAAUCUUUCUAACUCUUAAACACUUUCUCAUUUGUCAUGCAUCAAUUCUUAUGUUCCUGUUUUUUUUGUUUCUAACUGAAUUAUGAAUGAAGUAACAUAAUUUUUAGAAAUUCAAUACAUAUUUUAUAAUCAUGAUGUUUAAAGCAAAAAUUUUAUUAAUUGGAAUCAUACUCACUUUGGUAAUCACUCUUUUGUUGUCACUGUUGUAUGUGCGAGAACUUGAAAAUGGUGGAAAUAUACGGUUACGAGAACAAGCUUCUUCCGUGUUGAAGGGUAAUAGACUUGGCAUCAUCAUACCUUUUAGAGAAAGGUUUGAUGAACUGCUAGAAUUUGUACCACAUAUUCAUUCGUUCCUGAAAAACCAAGAUGUACUGCAUGAGAUAUUUGUUAUCAACCAAGUUGAUCAGCACCGUUUUAACAGAGGUUCAUUGAUCAAUGCUGGGUUUAAAGAAAUAAUGUCCUCAUACAGCAUGAUCGAUUAUAUAGCUAUGCACGAUGUUGAUUUAUUUCCUCUGAACCCUGCACUUGAUUAUCAUUAUCCUCCAACUGGCCAUGUUAACCACAUAGCUGCACCUCAUUUACAUCCGCGAUACCAUUAUGCUUCAUUUGUAGGCGGUAUUCUACUUAUUACCAAAGAAGACUUUAUACAAAUCGAUGGCUUAAGUAACAAUUAUUGGGGUUGGGGACUUGAAGAUGAUGAGUUCUAUUUACGUCUUAAGGAAGCCAAGAUAGGUAUUCAUAGACCAGGAAAUUUAACAACAGGCACAUCAAAUACAUUCAGACACAAUCAUGAUCGAACUGUUCGGAAACGCGAUAUGACAAAAUGCUAUAACCAACGUGAAGUAACAAGAAAACGUGAUAGACACACUGGAUUACAUAAUGUUAACUAUUUUGUAAAAAAGAAACAUGAAUUGCUCAUAGAUGGUGUACCUACGCUAGUGUUGGAUAUAGAGUUAAAAUGUAAUAAGACUUUAACACCGUGGUGCUUAUGUUCAGAGUAUGGUGUAAAAAAUGCAAAAAAUUUUAAAAAAGGCAAGUAAAAUAUUAUAUUUAUGAUACACCAAUUUAGGUUGAGUAUAAGUAAAUUUUAUCAUAAUGUUGAUAUUGCUCAGAUAGUACAAAUUUAUAUUUUAUAACUUUAAAUACUAAAUGUAUUAGUGAUACUUAAACUUUUAUUAUUUUGGUAAACAUUGAAUCUGAGUUAGUAAAACUUGCAUACAUAGUAUAUAUACUAUUGAUUAUAUAGUAUAUACUACAGACACUACUAUAUUAAUUAUUAAUGGUUUAAAAAAAUUUAAUAUUUUUAUCUUCAUUUAACUUAAAAAAUUUUAAUGAACUGAACAUGAUCACUAUUGACAAUACAUUGAAGUAGGUACUCCAGUGUUUCUACACAAAAUAAUGAGCAUAUUAUGUUAUCUUGUAUAUAUUUACUAUACCCCAUAACAAUUAAUGUGUGAUGCAGUAAUUGUGUUCAAAUUAAAUAUUAGUAAAAUACAUGAGAAUAUAAAAUUAACAUAGUUAGUUAAUAAUUAUUAAUUAUAAAAUUGUGUACAGUGGCGAAUUUAGUGUCACGCAAAAUAAACAGUCUAGACUAAAGUAUCAAUUUUUUGAGGAGCGGCAAUUUUGUAUUGAAAUUAUAUUUUAAAUUACCUAAAUUGUAUUUUGCGUAACAGUUAUUGCAUAUAAUGGCAGGUUUUUUUGAAAAUAUGAUUGUUGAACAGUGACUUUCACUAAAUACCUAUUGAAUUGUUAUUUGAUUUCACAAUUGAACGAUUCAUUAACUAUUUUUAAAUAUGUAUCUAAUCAAUUUAUUACUAGUCGAACAAUAUGUUUUUUUUUAUAUAAUUUAUUGGUGGCCAGUUGGAAUAUAAAAAAAAAAUGACUAAUGAACUAAAAGAUUAAAGUGAACAGGGGUCAGCAAUGAUGUAAAUCCGUCCCUAAACUAGUAAAAAUUUAGCCCCUAGAAAAAUAAGCCUUAUAAUUGUGUUCAUGUAAGUCAGUAAUAAGCUAUAAAAUAUUAAUUUUUAAUUAAUUUAUUAUAUUAUCGUUGACUG